GAAGUGGAUGUUUGUUGCUUUAAUCUCUUCUUUCUCCAAUGGGAAGUUGUUUCAAAAUGGAGUGGAUUUGAUCUUGACACAAUCCGUGUGAAUUUAAACCUAAGUAGACGUGAGUGUCUGCUAGAGGAAUUUUAAGUGAAGUUUGCGAUAAACAGAGCUGCACUCCAUGAGAACUUUGCCGGGAGUUUAUCUGCACUGAUACCAGAUUCAAGAGGACUUGUUUCCAGUGCCGCAGAGAUAUCUUGUUGUCGUGGUCUUCAGAGGUGGAACUAGCACCAUGGCUGGGGUCAUUAGGAAGGGAUCUGGGAGACCCUCAUACUACUACAGAUUCCUGGGCAAGUCCAGACUGCAGCGUCAGCGAAGCCGAUCCCGCAGCCGCACCAGACCGUCCGCCUGCAGGGAGUCUCCUCCAGAGAGGACAGGACGCCGACGCAGCAUGCCAGGCAGCUCCUCAGACAAGACCACACCCGCCAUGGAGGCUUCGUCCACUGCUGCUACACCUUUCAGAGUCACCGUGAGUACUGGCUUUCUGAGUCGACGUCUGAAGGGCUCGAUAAAACGCACCAAGAGUCAACCCAAACUUGACCGCAACUCCAGCUUCAGACACAUCCUUCCUGGCUUCAGGAGCGUGGACAAUGACAGAUCUCAUCUGAUGCCAAGGCUGAAGGAGUCUCGCUCCCAUGAGUCAUUGCUCAGCCCCAGUAGUGCUGUGGAAGCCCUGGACCUAAGUAUGGAGGACGAGGUUAUCAUCAAGCCUGUUCACAGCAGCAUCCUCGGGCAGGACUACUGCUUUGAGGUCACCACCUCCACAGGAAGCAAAUGCUUUUCCUGCCGAUCAUCAGCCGAGAGAGACAAAUGGAUGGAGAAUCUGAGGAGAGCAGUGCAGCCCAACAAGGACAACAGUCGUCGGGUGGAGAACAUGCUGAGGCUGUGGAUCAUCGAGGCCAAGGACCUGCCAGCCAAAAAGAAAUACUUCUGUGAGCUUUGUCUGGAUGACUCGCUCUACGCUCGCACCACCUGUAAGCUUAAGACUGACAAUGUCUUUUGGGGGGAGCACUUUGAGUUCAACAACCUGCCUGCUAUCAAGAGCAUCACAGCACACCUCUACAAAGACACAGACAAGAAGAAAAAGAAAGAUAAAAACAAUUACAUUGGACUCGUCAACAUCCCUGUCGCAGCCGUUACCGGGCGACAGUUUGUGGAGAAGUGGUAUCCAGUCAGCACGCCCAACCCCCCGAAGGGCAAGACAUCUGGGCCCAUGAUUAGGAUCAAGGCACGCUAUCAGAGUAUGAACAUCCUUCCCAUGGAGAUGUACAAGGAGUUUGCAGAGUACACCACCAAUAACUACAUGCUGCUAUGCUCGGUGCUCGAGCCCGGGAUUAGCGUCAAGAACAAGGAGGAGAUGGCGUGUGCACUCGUCCACAUUCUACAGAGCACCGGCAAGGCCAAGGACUUCCUCACGGACUUGAUGAUGUCAGAGGUGGACCGCUGUGGGGAGAACGAGCACCUCAUCUUCAGAGAGAACACACUCGCCACAAAGGCCAUAGAGGAAUACCUCAAACUUGUGGGACAGAAGUAUCUGCAGGACGCCCUCGGCGAGUUCAUCAAGGCUCUGUAUGAGUCAGAUGAGAACUGUGAGGUGGAUCCGUCCAAGUGUUCGUCAGGUGACCUGCCAGAACACCAGAGUAACCUGAAGAUGUGCUGCGAGCUGGCCUUCUGCAAAAUCAUCAACUCAUACUGUGUCUUUCCGCGAGAACUGAAGGAGGUCUUUGCGUCAUGGCGGCAGGAAUGCAGCAACCGGGGCCGACCUGACAUCAGCGAGCGUUUGAUCAGCGCAUCUUUGUUCCUGCGAUUUCUCUGUCCAGCCAUCAUGUCCCCGUCACUUUUCAAUUUGAUGCAGGAGUAUCCCGAUGACCGCACGGCACGUACGCUCACACUCAUCGCUAAAGUCACCCAAAACCUGGCCAACUUCACCAAAUUUGGUAACAAGGAAGAGUACAUGUCUUUCAUGAACCAGUUCCUGGAGCACGAGUGGACCAAUAUGCAGCGCUUCUUGCUCGAAAUCUCAAAUCCAGAGACAAUCUCCAACACAGCAGGCUUUGAGGGGUAUAUCGACCUCGGCAGGGAACUCUCCACACUGCACUCCCUCCUCUCUGAGGUGGUGUCCCAGAUGGAUCAGAGUGCAGCCUCUAAGCUGGGUCCUCUGCCCAGGAUCCUGCGGGAGGUGAACACAGCUCUGUCAAAUCCAUCAAGUGUCCAGAUGACACCCGGACCGGCCUCGGAGCAUAUGGGCUCCCCUCCCGCCGAGGCAAGCUGCAGCAUCUCCACUGGUCUGCAGAAGAUGGUCAUAGACAAUGACCUUUCAGGAUUGGUUGACUUCACCAGGUUACCCUCCCCCACCCCAGAAAACAAGGACCUAUUCUUUGUGACUAGGAGCUCAGGGAUCCAGCCUUCCCCAGCACGCAGCUCAAGCUACUCCGAGACCAAUGAGCCAGACCUGGGCAUGGCCAAUGGCAGCAAGAGUCUGUCCAUGGUGGACCUCCAGGACCCACGCAGUCUGGAAGGUGUUCCGGGUCCCAGUACCUCAGACGCCUUGGGUGAAUGCCCAGCCUCUGGUGGUGGCUGGUCAGCCAGAGUCCCACAAGGCAACAUUCUCGGAGGUCCCACUCUGAGGAGGCCGGGCCAGCCCCCCACCACCCCCGGCACAGAAAGUACCCCUGGUCGACCUGCCCAACUACUUGCCCCCCUCUCCUUCCAGAAUCCGGUCUACCAGAUGGCGGCCUGCCUGCCCGUGUCCCCGCGCGGAAUGACUGACUCGGGCUCAGAGUGCCACAGUUCUGUCAGUUCCCAUAGCAACAACGAGGACGGACCAGCAGGAGGGAAACACACCUUCUUGAAUCCCGGCGGUGGAGGAGGAGGAGGCGGCGGAGGUGGGGGCAGCAGCGGGGACGAGUACACCAGGCGUUCAGGGGACUUCAACCGGCGACAGCUGUCCCUCACAGAAACACCCCACCAGCCCACCGUCCCCAGACAGAACAGCGCCGGUCCGCAGCGGAGGAUAGACCAACCCCCACCGCAGAGCAUCACUCGAGGCCGCACACCCCCGAAUCUGCUCAACAGCGGACCCUACCCCCGGCCCUCCUCUGGCAGCAUGAUGACAUCAUCCCCCGAUUGGCCCGGCAGCGGGGCGCGGUUACGACAGCAGUCCUCUUCCUCCAAAGGUGACAGUCCUGAGACCAAGCAGAGGGCUCAGCAUAAACAGGCCCCCUCCCCAGUGAACCCCAGUGCGCUGGACCGCACAGCAGCCUGGCUAUUGAAUAUGAAUGUGCAGUAUUUAGACCAUGAGGGGAUGGAGCCCGAGUCACUGAGAAACAGAGAGGAUCUGACUCAGGUGGAGAAGUACCAGCAGGAGAUCGCAGUUCUGCAGGAGAAGCUGCGAGCGUCGGUGCAGAAGCUGGAAGAGUACGAGGCCCGGCUGAAGGGUCAGGACGAACAGGCACAGAAGGUGCUGAUGGAGUACCAGGCCAGGCUGGAGGAGUCAGAGGAGCGCCUGCGCAGACAGCAGGACGACAAGGACCUCCAGAUGAAGGGCAUCAUCAGCAGGUUAAUGUCAGUGGAGGAGGAGCUCAAGAAGGAUCAUUCAGACAUGCAGGCGGUUGUAGACUCUAAACAGAAGAUCAUCGAUGCACAGGAGAAGCGCAUAGCGUCGCUGGAUGCAGCCAAUGCCCGUCUGAUGAGCGCUCUGACCCAGCUGAAGGAACGCUACAGCAUGCAGACCCGCAACGGCAUCUCCCCCACCAACCCCACCAAAUUGCAGAUUACUGAGAACGGAGAGUUCAGGAACAGCAGUAACUGCUAGACAGACUGGUAUCUGCCCCGAGUGAUUGUUGAGUGCCUGCGAGUGUACAGUUAUUCAGUGAGAGGACGUCUCCGUGCAUGCAUGGAUGCAUGCCUGUUUGACAGACUGCAAGGGUGUGCGUGUGUUUUUAAAAGCAGACAGUACUUUUAGAGGACAUUUCCACUUUUUGGACACAGUGUAGGAGAAAGGACAUCGCUCUGAGUGGCCAGCCAGAAGAGGCGGGACUGCAGCGUGAUGGACAGAUCACCAAGAAAACAAGAUCACCAGACGGCCUUCAUUAUCAGGGUGGCGGCCAGAGGAGGCGGGGCGGAGCUUGUACAUAUGAAACUCAAAGCUGUCCAUCAGUCAAACACUUUGCCAGCGGAUGUGUGCAGUCGCUGGGACAAUUCAAACCCUGCCUACACCUGGGACAAACCACUAUGUAACCACACACGGUGAUGACCGCUAGACACGGUCGCCCUAGCAACCCUCCUCUCCUCCUCUUCUCUCUUUAAUCCACUCCCUCUUGAUGACCAAGUGGACGCACUUAAAAACAAUAACACGCAUUGAGGAUUAUCACUUCAGUUUUCUUGAGAGGAUUACUUUCUAGUGCUUUAUUUUAAAGUCACUGUUUAUAAAGAACCAAAUAGGAGCUAAAAAUAGAUAUUUUUAGUCUAAAACAAUCUUCUUUAUUUCCCUUCUCACUCCUUGGGUGUGUUCCUGAGCGUCCCGCUGACCCCAUGUCCCCCCCACCAUCCCUAUGUAGUGCACUUUGUGAAAAGCUAUUGGUACAUGAAACGCCUUAAGUAAGGAACACACCUUGACUUUAUCCCACAGCUCCCCUAUUUCUGCAAAAAAAAAAAAAAGAAGGCACAACUUAUACUGUGGAUUUGUAAAGGAUACAAAAAUAAAUUGUACACACUUAAAUGUAUUAUGAAUACUAAAGUAAAUGAAUUCUAUGUGAUACUAUAUUAAUGAAAUUUAAUAUAGAUGUAUGCAUUUUUCUUUAUUUCUUCUAUAGAGUAUACACACAUAAACCUAUAUUUGAUAAUCUCAAAUAUAAAAGCAGCCCUUUAUUUAGGAGUGAGAUCUAGUUUUAUUUUUCUUCUCUAACGAUGAAAGACUGUAGUGUGUAGCUUGCUUUAGAGCCCUGGAGGAGGAGACCACACCGAGCAGUGAUCAGCACCGUCGCUUCAGUCAUCCCUUCAAACAUCCAAGAUGCUUAACCCUUUACAUACAGUAUGCACUACAGCUGAGAGGAAUGUCUGUACAGUAGUUUUGAGCAGCUUUGGCGUAGCUUGCACAGUCACGUGUUCGGUUCUCCUAAUGGUGUUCAUCACUGCUCCUAAAGACACAGAUCAGUUAAACCCAGAUUUUAAUUUUGGGGUUGUGGUCUUCUUUCUCUAGUAGCACAAGAGCUAUUGAGAGACGUGUUUAAACACACUCACUCAUACUAUACACUGGACUGGUGAGCCAUUGUAAUAAUGGCCCCCUUAGUUACAACAUUUUCUCUCUUAACUGCUUUGUUUGUCAGUGGUAAUGAAGUAUGCUGCAUCCAAACUGUGACUCUAUUAAUCCUAGUGGCAUCAUUUCUCUCUCUCUUUUCUUCUCUUAGUCUCUUUUUCUUACUCACCUCCACCCUCUUUCAUCCCCCAUUCUUCUGAAUGUGAAGAUGCUGACUCACAGUUGGUCUUAACAUGGGGUUUAGUCCUUCUAAUCUCUCUUGUCAUUGCGCCAUCCCGUCUCAGCAUCUGUAUUUUGUAUAUUUUUGUAUCCAUUUUUCUUACCUGUAACAGAAUAUAUACAUCAAGUGUGAGGCUCUGCAUGCUUCAUCCUUGCUCUAGAGCCAAUGGUAGCGUCGGUAUCACCAUUUGUUUUCUUUAGUUGCCAAUUUGGUGAUGAUGGUGAUGAUGAUGAUGAUGAUGAUGAUGAUUGGCUUGCUGCAGACAUAUAUAGUGAACAUAUGAUAACUGAGUGUAUCAAGAGGCUGGACAGCCUGGGAAAGUGUAAAUAAAAUGCUUACAUUAUUUUUACCUAAUGUUAACAGAGCUUUUUGUAAAUGUAUCUUGUGCUCAAACUCUGCUGUAUCAUUAUGGAUAUUGUAAAUACAAAAUAGCUUAGUCGGUCAUCUGUCCUCAUCGGGUAGAACUAUACAAUUAAAUUAACCUUUCAGUGUUCUCCCUGUUGAAGCUAUUGUUUUUGUAAUUAGAGUGUAAUAUCGCUAGCCAAAAAAACUGACUAAGUAGGAGUUCAACUCUUGGGAAGUCAUGGAGGAUGCCUAGUUGGUUUCAGGCCAAGCUGAGUCCAGUCUCGAUGAGAUUCACAAGCACAAUCCUGUAUUUCUCAUCAGUCUAGUUCUAUGCACUUUUACGUUCAGUGGUUGGUGUUUAUAAUUAGCUUUUUUCUAGCACAGCACCUGUUUCAGGUGUUUAAAAACGUGGCAAAGUUCAAAACCGAAGAAAGGGAUUUUUGGUAUAACUCAAUCUCAAAUUGUUAUAUCUGAUCAACAGAAGUAUUUACAGCUUUUUCCUGUUUGAAUAGAAACAAAUAGCCUCAGACUAAAGAAUCCUCUGGUAGCAAAAAAAUCAUAUAGGACUUUUCUCCUCCUCAUAUCUUACAGGCAUCCAGUCCUUAAACUAUAUUGUACGACUGCAGAUUAAAGUAGGAACAUGUUACUUUUGGUAGAAGAAAUAACACAUUCUUCUGCUUACAACGGUGGAAUUCAUAAGUAAUCAAAGACUCUGUCAUUCAGUUCAGUAAGCUACCUUGUACUCAGAGGUUUUGCUGCUAAAGCCUUACUAGGUCUGUUUUUACCAGUUGCUUUUGGUGGCACAUUACUGAUUCAGUUCACUGACUUUAUGACUUCUCCACAUGUGCAGUUGCAAUCGCCUAGCAUUUUAGCUAAAUGCAAAACUAUUGUUCACAGUCUUACUUGGUCUGUUAUGAUCAGUAGCUUUUGGUGCCUAAUGUUAGCAAAUGUUAACAAAUUUUGGGAAACUUUUGCUGUAAAAGGCACAUUGAUUCAGUUCAAUAACUUUAUGACUCCUCUCCACUUAUGCUAAUGUAAAAGCAGAACAGGUAUUUAGCAUCUAAAUUAGCAGCUAAAUUAAGUGAAUGCUAAACUAUUGUUAUCAUUUUUGCUAGCUAAACCAUUGGAAGUUUUGGUGCCAACAUUACAGCUUGACUUUGUUAUGACGAGUAUGGCACAUUACUACUCUGUUGACUCUCCACCCGCACUUCUGUUACAGUAGCUUAGCAUUACAGCUAAAUGCUAAACUAUUGUGUACAAUUUAGAAUUAAACUUUAGUUCAACUAUUGUUUAGCUAACAGAAAUGUUUAACAAUAGUUUAGUAUUUUUGCUAGCUAAACAGUUGGAUGUUACGGCCUUACUUGGUCAAUUAUGACAAGUAGCUUUUGAUUGUCAAAUUUGAUUAGCAAAUGUUAGCAAAUUUUAGAUACAUUUUACUGUAUAACGCACAAUUACUGUUACAAUAACUAAUAACUAGUAUUUAUAUCUAAAUGCAAACUACUGUUCAGCUAAACAGUAAACUAUGGCUUAGCAUUUAGCUAAAACAGUACCAUGGUUUAGUAUGGCAGGAGCUUAGAGUUUAGCAGUGGUCGUGGUUCAGAAAAAGUUACAUAGUCUUGCUUUAAACUGCAGCGUACCAUAAUGAAAAUCAUGUAUGCUACAUCAAUACAUCUGGACAAAGUAAAAGACGCAUUCUUUUGUUUGGUUUCUAAUUUGACUUCUCAGCUAUCAUUUCAAUUACCCCAUCCACAUUCCCACAUCAGUUCUGUUUUAUGAGUCAGAAAACCAUGAGCUCACACUUCACACAGUUCAGCCAGUCCGACAAAAGAUCAAUCAAAACAUAAAGCUAUAAAUAAAGUAAAAGAUGUUGUAUGUUUUCUAUUAUCUUGUAGAAAAUACUUUUGUAAGUAUGUUGAAAGUAUAAAGUAUUUGCUGGAUUCUGCUUCCUUUGACGACAGUGACAAAACAAUAAUGUACAGAGGAAAUUGUGUUGACAAAAUGUGGCUGUGCAAUUUAUGUACAUUCGCAACUAGACCUAUUAAAGUUUUAUUUAGCUAUUUUAAAA